AUGACUGUGAGCAGCUCCCACACCUACUGCGCCCCCAUCAAGAGCAGCCCCCACUCCUACCGCACCCCCAUUGAGAGCAACUCCCUCACGCAGGAUAAGGCAGAGUCCUCCUCUGCCUUCUUAGAAAGAUUAAAGGAGACAGCUCGAAAAUAUACAGAUUUGGAUGUAGAGGCUGAAUCGGGGAAGUUACAGCUGGCUUUGAUUUUCAUGGGGCAGUCCCAGGAAGAUAUUAGAAAGAAGCUGCAGAAAUUAGAAGGGGAAGAGACGUGGAAUUUAGAAAAAUUGUUAGAAGUGUCUUGGAAAGUGUAUAAUAAUCUUUCAAAGGAAAAGGUUCAAUUAGUUAAACAAAAAGUUAUCUACCUGGGUUGCGAGAUUUCCCAAGGAGUUCGGCGACUAGGCACAAACAGAGUAAAAGCUAUCUGUGCUAUCCCGGUCCCACGGAAUAAUCAGGAAUUGAGAUCUUUUCUAGGAAUGAUCGGCUGGUGUCGACUAUGGAUUCCUGAUUUCGGACUCCUUGCCAGACCACUGUACGAAGCAGUGAAAGAGCCGCAGCUAGUUUGGAGACCGGCACAGGAAAAGGCAUUCCAGGAUCUAAAGAAAGCCUUGCGGGAAGCACCUGUUUUAGGACUGCCUGACAUAACUAAAGAUUUCCAGCUGUAUGUCUGUGAAAGACAACGGUUGGCCCUGGGAGUACUCACACAACGACUGGGAUCCUGGAAGAGACCCGUUGGUUACUUUUCAAAGCAACUGGACACUGUAAGUGGGGGUUGGCCUGGGUGUCUCAGGGCAGUAGCAGCAACGGUGAUAUUGAUCCAGGAAGCACGUAAACUGACUCUGGGAAGGCAUAUUACAGUUUACGUGCCACAUAUGGUCAUAGCAGUCCUGGAACAGAAAGGAGGACAUUGGCUCUCCUCCAGCAGAAUGUUACAAUACCAGGCCCUGCUUAGGGAACAGGAUGACAUUGAAUUAAAAGUUACUAAUCAUCUCAAUCCAGCUGAGUUUCUCAGGUCCGCCCAGGAAGAGGGAGUCCUGGAACAUGACUGCAUGGAGACAAUCGAACACGUCUAUGCUAGUCGAAAGGACUUGAAGGAUGAACCACUGGAAAACCCGGACUGGGAACUGUUCACAGAUGGAUCAAGUUUUGUGGAAAAAGGUACCAGGUAUGCAGGGUACGUGGUGGUAACCCUACAGGAAGUUGUGGAAGCAAAGGCAUUACCCCCGGGAACAUCAACACAAAAAGCCAAAAUAUGGGCACUAGUAAGAGCCCUAGUCUUAAGUCAGGAAAGGAGAGUUAAUAUCUGGACUGACUCAAAGUAUGCUUUUGGAGUAGUUCAUGUACAUGGGGCAUUGUGGAAGGAGAGAGGGUUGCUUACUUCACAAGGGACAGCGAUUAAACAUCGGGAAGAAAUUCUUCAGCUACUAGAGGCAAUACACAAACCGUCAGCUGUAGCCAUAAUGCAUGUGAAGGGACACCAAACCAGUUCGGAACCGGAGUCACAAGGAAACAGAUUGGCAGACCAAGCAGCACGACGAGCAGCUACACAGUGGAAUCGGCCUUUACCUCUGGAGAAUCCAGUGCAUGACAUUUCUCCAGGAGAUCAGGUCUACGUGAAGAAUUGGUCAGUAGAACCACUGAAGGAAACAUGGGACGGCCCCCGCCAGGUGUUGAUGACAACCUAUACAGCAGUCAAGGUCGAAGGCAUUGACAACUGGAUUCAUUACACGAGGGUCAAGAAGGUCCCUGUGCAGUGGACUGCAGAAUCCAUCACGCCGACCAGAACGGUGUUCCGGGCGGUCCAAUAA